AUGCCCGACUUUAACAAUGCGGGACUCUCGCCCGCGACCAUUGAGUCUAUCGCCGGUCUCAGUGCUGGAACUGUCUCAACUUUGACGGUCCAUCCUCUUGAUGUGGUCAAGACUCGAAUGCAGAUCUAUCGGAGCACAGCUCCCGGUGCGGUCCGUCCAACGACGGUGUCUAUCCUUCGCGCACUGACAUCCACACCUCAUCCUAUCGCCUCUCUCUACCGCGGUCUAACGCCAAACCUUGUUGGAAACGCUUCCAGUUGGGCCUCUUUCUUCUUCUUCAAGUCGCGCUUUGAGAACACUAUCGCUGCUUGGCAGGGUCGGCCAGAUGGACGCCCGACGCCGGGCGAUUACUUCGUCGCGAGCGCUCUGGCAGGCGCUUCGACAACGACGCUGACCAAUCCUAUCUGGGUUCUCAAAGUCCGCAUGGUAUCUUCUGAUCGCGGUUCUCGGGGUGCUUACCCUUCCAUGCUUGCCGGUGCGCGCUCCAUUCUUCAGACCGAAGGUAUCCGGGGCUUCUACCGCGGCUUGGGGAUCUCCUUGGUGGGCGUUUCUCACGGCGCUGUGCAGUUCGCUGUGUAUGAUCCCAUGAAAAGACUGUAUCAUGCCCGCCGUCGCGAAAAGUACGGCCUCGAAAGAGAUCAUAUGACAACCGAAGCGACUAUCGGGCUGUCGAGCUUAGCCAAGUUUGUUGCUGGUGCUGUCACUUAUCCCUAUCAGGUCCUGAGAAGCAGGUUGCAGAACUACGAGGCUGACAAGCGGUUCGGACGAGGAAUCAGAGGUGCUGUGGUAAGGAUAUGGACCGAGGACGGACUUAGAGGGUUCUAUCGCGGACUGGUACCCGGUGUGGUGAGAGUCAUGCCUGCGACGUGGGUGACCUUUUUGGUGUACGAGAACGUCAAGUAUUAUAUUCCUUACUGGGUUUGA